AUAAUCAAAACAUAACACAUAUUCAAAUGUCAACUACUAUUCAAAAUAUCGAUCAACUAUCAACAGAGAUCAAAACCUCUAUUCCAAUAUGGCAAGAUAUUGAAAAAUCCAUAAUUGAUAUAUUAAGAGCUGGCCUUUUCUAUAAUAAAAAUAAAAAUAUAGGAUUUAUGGAUUACUAUAAAAAACAACUUGAUGAAUUACGUAAAUCAGAAGAUCAAGAGCAAUAUAUUAUAAAUAAAACUAGAUCACUUCUUCCUAAUGAAAAGAUAUAUGAUACAAAAAUAAAAGCAUUUUCUAAUUCCUAUUAUAAAAGUGAACCGAAAAUUAGACAAGCUAUUUUAAACUAUCUCAAAUUAAUUUACAAAAUCGCUAAAGAGUAUUUUAUUACAGACGAGAAAAGAGAAGAAGAACUCCAAGCAUGGCUUAACUCUUAA